AUGGGCAACUCUACCUCGCUCAUCGCCAGAAACACGAUAUUCUUUCUCCGUUUGCCGACCUGCAUGUCUUUGACGAGUUUGACGUUUCGAAAGAUGCAGCGUGUUUCGCUUUGGUAUGCGGGGUGGUGUAGUGGGGCUAUUUUCAGAGCGCGGGCAGAUUGGCGAGGCCCUUGGACGGGUACCGUACUGCUGUGGUUUGGAGAUGAGAGCUGGUUCGAUAUGUCUUCUGUCCUGACAACCCAGAUCUACACUCAUAUCCACUCCUCAAGCUCUCGUCAGACGACUUUUCCCCCGCGAACCCUUUUUUCGGAACAGCGCCUACCGUGCCUAUCAGGUGCUAAACGUGGCUCGAUGGAGGCAUAUCGACGUACCUUUUUCUUGUCAGACUAUCUGCAACAGCGGCCGUUGGCCGACCAAAAUGGAUUUCUCAUCUCACCUCGCCUUACUCUUCCUGCAGUAGUGGAUUUUGGCUCCGAUUUGGGGAAUGGCUGUUGCUAA